AUGCAAGCCAAAGAUCUGUUUCCGUAUGAAAAAAACAAAGAGAAAUUUUUGAAAAACUCAAAUCGAUCAAGAAGAGGUUUCAAGGAAGCAUUAGUGGAAAUUGUGGAGAAUCCAAAAGUUAAGUGGGGGAUGAGAGGACAGGAAGAGGAAGAGGACGAGGACGAAGACGAGGAUGAUGAAGAGGACGAGUCAGCUGAAGAAGAGAAGUUGCGAGAUGAAGGAUCAAAUAAAGAGAGUGAGGAUGAGGAAGUUGGCAAACCGUCUAAACAGAAGGAAUCAGUAACAGAGGAGGGAAAGAAGAAACAAACACAACGCAAAAAACCAACCAAGUCUGAGUCUCCAGAUCAGGAAAGUUCUUUUGAGGAAACACCAGAUGAAGAAAGCUCAGAGGAUGACAAAGAAGAAGAAUACAAACCUGUUCCUAAGAAGAGACUCCCUUCCAAAGAAUCUGGAAAGAAAAGAAAGUCUUCAAAGGCUGUCAGUGACAGCAGCAGCAGUAGUGAUGAAGAUCAGGAUGUCAGUGAUAAUGACGAGCCAAAGAACAAGAAAGCAAAAACAAAAAUGGAAUCAGAAGAAAAGGCAAAGACUCAGCAGCCAAAAGAAGAAGGGAAAAAGAAGGUAGAGGAAGAAAAGAGUAAAACGAAAGAUGAAGAAAAAAGAAAGAAGAAGGAUGAAGCCGAAAGGAAAAAACAAGAAAAGCUGCAAAAACUAGAAGAAAAAAAAGCAAUGUUGAAGGAGAAGAAGAAAAAAGAGAAACUUGAGCAGAGGAAAGCUGAAAAACUCGCUGCUGAGAAAGCUAGACUGCAGGAGAAAGAAAACGAAAAACGAGAAAAGCAAGAGCGAGAAAAAGAAAAGGAGAAGUUGAGAGCCAGACAAGAGAGGGAGCGAGAAAAGGCAAGGGAAAGAGCAGAACGGGAAAAACAGAAGGAGGAAGAAAGAAAGGAAAGGGAAAGAAGAAAGUCUACACCACCCACCGUGGAAGAGAUAUUGGACAAAAUGAAUUAUGAGCUUGUGAUGUCCCUCACUGUCGAGGCCCCAGACGUUCCAAGAUGUUUAAAAAUUAUCACUCAGAUCUCAGAUAUGGAAAUCAACCCAGAUAUCAUCAAAAAGAACCCUGAAAUAGUUCAGACCAUCAAAAGGAUAAGAAAUUACAAACAGAAUUCUAAAGUGCGAGAGAAAGCGAGUCAGCUUUACACACAGUUCAAGUCUUUGUUUCGAAUUACUGGAGCAGAACCUACUGCAAACGUACCGCUGACAGUCAGUUCAAAUAACGAAAGUUCUUUUCGUGAUCUCUCGUCUGUGGAAGGCAACGAAAGAACGCAAGCCAUUGAAGCGGAAGUCUCGAAUAAACCCGAAAUAAAAGGAGAGAAGAACGCAGAACCCCACUCCACCCCUACAGAGAAUGGCAGUGAUCAUCCUGUCUCCCCUACCGAAGCGAAACUCGAAGAUAAUACAAAUCUAACAGGACAAACAUCACUUGAAGGAAAAACUCCAGUCGCGAAUAACACAACUAUGGACAAUCUUACACCGGAGCCAAUGGAGAUUCAUAAUGAUACAACGGAAGAUUUAUCACCAUGUGAUAUGGAUAUAUCAAGCCCUGACUGAAAUGUAGGACAAGUAUCAACUAUUUUGCGGAUCAAGUGUUGCAGCAUGUUGAGUAGUAAUGAUUUCCAAAGUCAAAGAACAUUUUUAAGACCUUCAUGUAUGAGGUUGUUUUGCAACAUGGGCAUUCAUGGUCUCUAGACAUUUACAGAAACUGUUUUUCAGCUGCACAAUGACUGCUAAAAACACAGUGACGUUGAUUGUGGUAUCAUUAUUUUUAACAGAUAAGGAUAUAAUUAUGUGAUUUUACUUCUCACCUGUUUUGAUCCCGAGAUAGAAAUAUAUUUCCAGCUCGGUAAAGAUUCUUUAAUUUACAACGUGAAGGUCUGUUGUAUUUAUACUACACUUGUCUUGUGAGCUUUUUAGUUGUUCUGAAUUAACUUGCCACUUGUAGCUAUCAGGUGCGAACAUUUUUAAUCGCGUUGCCGAAUGUAAAACUUUGUGUUUGCUUUUUUUUUUGGCACACAAAAACGAAAUGUUGGCUCUUUA